AUGGGCACCACCGAAGCCACGCUGCGGAUGGAGAAUGUGGAGGUGAAGGAGGAGUGGCAAGACGAGGACUUCCCCAGACCCCUCCCAGAAGAGACGGGAAUGGACUCCCUGGGCAGCCCCGCAGAUGAGAACACAUCCUCUCCCCCUAACACUUUGAACUUUAACGGGGCUCAUCGGAAGCGCAAGACGCUCAUAGCCCCUGAAAUCAACAUUUCCCUGGACCAAAGUGAGGGUUCCAUCCUGUCCGAUGACUUCCUGGACACGCCCGACGACCUGGACAUCAACGUGGAUGACAUCGAAACCCCGGAUGAGACGGACUCCCUGGAGUUCCUGGGCAAUGGGAAUGAACUGGAAUGGGAAGAUGAUACACCUGUGGCCACAGCCAAGAACAUGCCCGGGAACAGCGCAGACCUCUUUGGGGAUGGGGUGGUGGAAGAUGGCAGCGCUACCAAUGGGAGACUGUGGAGGACGGUUAUCAUUGGGGAGCAGGAACACCGCAUUGAUCUGCAGAUGAUCAAACCCUACAUGAAAGUGGUGACACAUGGAGGGUACUACGGAGAAGGUCUCAAUGCUAUCAUUGUCUUUGCUGCCUGCUAUCUCCCAGACAGCAAUCUAGCUGAUUACCAUUACAUCAUGGAGAACCUCUUCUUGUACGUGAUCAGUAGCUUGGAGCUGCUGGUGGCAGAGGACUACAUGAUCGUGUACCUGAAUGGAGCCACACCACGUCGGAGGAUGCCGGGCCUGGGCUGGCUGAAGAAAUGCUACCAGAUGAUAGACAGAAGGCUACGGAAAAACCUGAAAGCUUUGAUAAUCGUGCAUCCUUCGUGGUUCAUCCGGACAGUGCUGGCAAUAUCCAGGCCCUUCAUCAGUGUGAAGUUUAUCAAUAAGAUCCAGUACGUUCACAGUCUGGAAGAACUGGAGCAGACUAUCCCCAUGGAGCACGUCCAGAUUCCUGACUGCCUCCUACAGUACGAAGAAGAGAGAACCAAAGCCAGGAAAGAAAGGGCAGAGGAGAAACAAGACAUGGCAGAGAAAGACAGGCCUGUGCUGCCGAGGGAGGAUCAGGAAACCAGGUUGGAAUGA